CAGGGACCCAAACACAGACCUCAGGACUCAACACGGCUUUUCCCUCCAACUCCGUUUUCUCUCCCUUGAGGACUCAGCUUUCUGAAGCCCCUCCCAGUUCUCCCUCUUUUUCCUGCAUCCUGUCUGGGCAUCAGAGGGAAACAGACCACAGACCUGGUCCCCAAAAGAAAUUCAGACAAUAGGCUUUGAGGGGCAUGGGGGAAAGGACUUCAGCCUCCAGGGUCCUACACACAAAUCCGUCACUGGCCCAAAAGGGCCCCUCGGAAUCGGAGCAGGGAGGGUGGGGAGUAUGAGGAGUAUCCUUGAUGUUUGGGUGUCCCCAACUUUCCAAAUCUCCACCCCCGUGAUGGAGAAGAAACGGAGACUGAAGCUUUAGGGCCCACUACCGCUUCCUCCAGAUGAGCUCAUGGGUUUCUCCACCAAGGAAGUUUUCCGCUGGUUGAUUGAUUCUUUCCCCGCCCUCCUCUCCCCUCAGGGACUUUAUAAAGGCAGUUGUUUCACACCCAGCCAGCAGACGCUCCCUCAGCAAGGACAGCAGAGGACCAGCCAAGAGGGAGAGAAGCAAUUCCAGACCCCCCUGAAAACAACCCUCAGACACCACAUCCCCCGACAAGCUGCCAGGAGGGUUAUCUCCCUCUGACAUACUGCCCCAAGGCUCCACCCUCUCUCCCUUGGAAAGAACAGCCAUGAGCACUGAAACCAUGAUCCAGGACGUGGAGCUGGCCGAGGAGGCGCUCUCCAAGACCAGGGGGCCCCAGGGCUCCAGGCAGCGCUGGUUCCUCAGCCUCUGCUCCUUCCUGCUCGUAGCAGGUGCCACCGUGCUCUUCUGCCUGCUGCACUUCGGAGUGAUCGGCCCCCAGACGGAAGAGCCCUCCAAGGACCGCUCUCCAAUCAGCUCUCUGGCCCUGGCAGUCAGAUCAUCUUCUCAAAUCCCGAGUGACAAGCCUGUAGCCCAUGUUGUAGCAAACCCUCAGGCUGAGGGGCAGCUCCAGUGGCUGAACCGCCGGGCCAAUGCCCUCCUGGCCAAUGGCGUGGAGCUGAGAGAUAACCAGCUGGUGGUGCCAUCAGAGGGGCUGUACCUCGUCUACUCCCAGGUCCUCUUCAAGGGCCAAGGCUGCCCCUCCACCUUUAUGCCCCUCACCCACAGCAUCAGCCGCAUCGCUGUCUCCUACCAGGCCAAGGUCAAUCUCCUCUCUGCCAUCAAGAGCCCCUGCCAGAGGGAGACCCCACAGGGCGCUAAGACCAAUCCCUGGUAUGAGCCCAUCUACCUGGGAGGGGUCUUCCAGCUGGAGAAGGGUGAUCGACUCAGCGCUGAGAUCAAUAUGCCUCACUAUCUCGACUUGGCUGAGUCUGGGCAGGUCUACUUUGGGAUCAUUGGCCUGUGAGGAGGACGGACGUCCAUCCUUCCCAAGCCCCUCCCCUGCCCCAAUCCCUUUAUUAUCCCCUCCUUCAGACACCCUCAUCCUCUACUGGCUUAAAAGAGAAUUAGGGGCUUAGGGUCGGACGCCAGGCUUAGAACUUUAAGCAACACCACCACCACUUCGAAACCCGGGACUCAGGACAGUGUGGCCUGCACAGCAAAGCACUGGCAACCACCAAGACUUCAGACUGGGGCCUCCAGAACUCACUGGGGCCUAUAGCUUUGAUCCCUGAACUCAGUCUGUGACAUCUGGAAUCUGGGGACCUGGAGCCUUUGGUUCCGGCCAGAACGCUGCAGGGCUUGAGGAGACCUCACCCAGAAGUUGACAUGAGUGACCUCGGCCUUCCUUUCUCCAGAUGUUUCCAGACUCCCCUGAGACACAGAGCCCAGCCCUCCCCAUGAAGCCAGCCCCUCUAUUUAUGUUUGCACCUGUGAUUAUUUAUUAUUUAUUUAUUAUUUAUUUAUUUACCGAUGAAUAUGUAUUUAUUUAGGAGGUCGAGGUAUCCCGGAGGACCCAAUGUAGGAGCUGCCUUGGCUAGACAUGUUUUCUGUGAAAACAGAGCUGAAUAAUAGGCUGUUCCCACGUGGCCUCCUGGCCUCUGUGCCUUCUUUUGAUUAUGUUUUUUAAAAUAUUCAUCUGAUUAAGUUGUCUGAACAAUACUGGUUUGGUGACUGACUGUCACUCAUUGCUGAACCUCUGCUCCCCAGGGGAGUUGUCUGUAAUCGCCCUACUAUUCAGUGGCGAGAAAUAAAGUUUGCUUAGAAAAGAAA